CACCAGCAGAUACCUACUGUUGAGUAUUCGUCCCUGACUAGACUAGAAAAUGGCCAAACCGCUUGUUGUUAUUGCCUGUCCUACUGCCCAUGGCCACACAAAUCCCCUCCUCCCACACGCCUCCCAUCUGACGAAGCAAGGAUACAGCGUCACAUUUAUCGGCGGCGAUGAAUUCGAGGCAUCUAUUCGCAAAACGGGCGCCGAUUUCCACCCGACAGACAACCCGUACACGCCUGAAUUCCUCAAAGAAAUACUGUCUAUCCCUCCCGGUCCCGAACAGCUUAUUACAACUCUCAAACGGGGGUUCAUUGACACCACGCCGGUGCGCAUGAGGUCGCUCUGCUCUGUGCUUGAACGACUGCGCGAAACCCAUCCAGACCGGCAGGUUCUCAUCCUCCAGGAGAUGAUGUACAUGGGCACCUGGCCAUAUAUUCUCGGGGCCCCGCCACCGAAAGGCUACGACGAAUUCCCUCCCCUGAUUAUCUUUGGAACAGCCCCGCUGCUUGUCUCGAGUGUUGAUACCGCGCCAUUUGGGCCCGGGCUGCCUGCAGACUCGACUCCCGAAGGCCGAGCUCGGAAUGCCGCCAUGUACGACGCCAUCAAGGACCUCCAGGCCGGGCUGACGGCGUAUGCGAACAAGGCGUACAGUGCUCUCGGGGCUACGCGGAAGAUCACGCAACCCGUCUUCGAUGAAUGGUGUACCGGCCAUAAGCUGUUUCUGCAGCCCUGCAGUCCGAGUCUGGAGUAUCCUCGCAGUGACUUGUCCCCGACGAUUAGAUUCAUCGGAGGCACACCCAUCAGAGAGGUUGAUGCGUCGUCUCUCCCGGCUUGGUUUCCAGAAUUGCUACAACCCGCUACUACUACUACUACUACUACUACUACUACUACUACUACUACUAAGAAGAAAGUCAUUUUCGUUACCCAGGGCACCGUGAAGCACGACUAUACGGCUCUAAUCAUCCCUACCCUCCAGAUAUUCGCAGACCGGGAAGAUCUGCUUGUAAUUGCAGUGCUGGGUGUGAAGGGAGCAACAUUGCCCGACGAUUUCGAAACACCCUCCAACGCCAAAGUGGUGGAUUACCUCCCCUACGACGCCUUGCUGCCCCAUACUGACGUCUUCGUCACGAAUGGCGGGUACGGCAGUUUCAUGCAUGGUGUCAUGCAUGGAGUUCCUAUGGUUCUAGCAGGAACCACGCAAGAUAAAGCCGAAGUGUCGAUGCGGGGCGAAUGGGCUGGAAUCGCUAUCAACCUACGAACAGACACGCCUACCGUCGAUGCUCUUCGUGAGGGGGUAGAGCGAGCAUUGACAGACAUGGGAAUGAAGGAGAAAUGUGUGCAAAUCCAACGGGAGAACCAAGAGCUGGAUUGUGUGGCUCAGCUGGAGAGGGCCAUUCUUGAAAUCGUGGAUGACAACAAUUGUACUCUGUAACUAUGUAGCAUUUAGUGGACUAUUAACCAACUAAUUGGCUAGUUAUCUACGGAGUACCUAUGGUUGAUUUUUUUAGUCCGUA